UUGGCACCGGCACUCUGCACGUUGUUAGUUGCGUCCGGGACUCCGUUUGGGCAACGUCGACGCUUGAGCGAUCAUAAAUAUUAUGUCAAAAGACAGACGAGAGCGCACCGCAUAAUGAUACGUUUUAGCGAUAUGCCCAAUUGACUUGGCGGAUCGCACCGCUUUCAAAAAUUAUUUUUUUGUGAAAUUGAGUGUUUUUCACCGUUCUUUCUUUUUUUGUGAUGCGUUUUUUUUGAGUUCAGAGAAAAUGCCGUGGAUGAGAUCUUGCCUUUGCCACCAGGAAAAGAAAAAACCUACCCCUAUCAUUAGCCCGCCUUUGCACCUGUUACAAAAGGAAGAUGUAUUACCCCAUGGACCAAAUCAUACAUUUCGACGUAAAACAUUCAAGAAACCAAGACCUUGUCAUCUUUGUCAUCAACCCAUUUUACACGAAGGUUCAUGUUGUAGAGUGUGCAAAUACGUCUGCCACAAAGUCUGCGAGAGCAAGGAAGCCGUCACGAGAUACACCGAUACGAGCUGGCGCCUCCACAAACAAACGAAGAAAUCCAACCUAAAAAAUGCGAAAAACAAUAACGAGACCAACGACACAAACAAUCGAACGUCUGACGAAGCUGCGUCCCACGAAAGCGACAGCAGAAACAGCGGGGACUAUUCGAAAAUAACGAAAUCGAAUCGAAAUGCACACGAUUCAAAAACGAAAAACGAAACGAACGGAAGAAUCCAAGGACAAGAAGGCAAAAUUGGAAAUUUCGAUAAUUAUGCCGAAGUUACAACAACGCAUACACACGAGGACUCUGACAGAGAUGGACCUGAAAUGCAUAAGAUAAUAACAUCUUCCUCGUACAAUGGUUUCGGAGAAGCCUUCACCUCACAGCCCAGGCCGUCGAAAAAGGAUAACAACGGAGUGUCUGGAAACAUGGACCUGAGUUAUGUGACGGAAAGGAUAAUAGCAGUUUGGUUUCCUGCGUCUGCAACUUCACACUCCUACAGGCAGGGACAGAGACAAGCGUCUCACAUGCUGAGGCACAAACAUGGGAAUAAUUACAUGGUUUUCAAUCUCACAGAACCAAAAAGGGUACUCAAAAAUGAACACAAACACGUACAAGAAGUAGGUUGGUCCAGAGAUCUAGCUCCCCCUCUUGAAAGUCUAUGUAGUAUAUGUAAAGAAAUAGAAACUUGGCUUUCUGGCGAUGAACAUCGGAUAGCAGUUUUACAUGCCAAGGGAAAUAAGGACAAAUUAGGGGUGAUAGUAGCUGCUUACAUGCAUUAUUCCAGUAUAUGCGGAAGUGCUGAACAAGCUCUCGAUAGAUUCUCCAUGAGGAAGUUCUUGGAAGAGAACAUAGGUGCCAUAAGUUUACCAUCAAACAGAAGAUACGUCGACUAUUUCGCUGGUUUACUUUCACAUAAUAUCAGGAUAAACACUGCACCUCUCUAUCUCACCCAUGUGACUGUUUUGGGUACUCCUACGUACGAGCAAGGAGGAUGCAAGGCCUUCUUGAAACUGUAUCAAGGCCAACUUCCAGUAUACACUUCUGGUGUGUACUCGGUAGCCAAAGGUGUCAGACAGUUCACAGUCAAUGUAGCAGGAGAGCAACGGAAAGGUCUUCAGUUGAGAGGUGACAUCUUGAUAAAAUGCUACCACAAAAGCGAUACAGGGAGAGAGACCAUUUUCGCCUGUCAAUUCCAUACCUGUGCAGUGACGGAUUACACCCUGAGUUUCACAAGACAAGAACUAGAUGUGGCGUCUAAAGAUCCUCGAUUCCCGAACGACGGUGCAGUCGAGCUGCAUUUCUGUCAAGGGUCAGAAGUUCGUCACCCUGCGCCAGCUCCAACUCCAGCUGUACCUUUCAGCCUGGCGGACGACCCAGUGGUCAGGGCCAAUAGCCCUAUGAAUUUGGAAGAAUCCGACGAGGAUGAAUCAGAUGGAGAAGAUGUUGGUCACACGUUUGGUCCUCUAGAUGGAAGCAUAUACGCAACUGUAGCUAAGAAACCAGAUCUUUCACCGGGAGCUGUUUCCAGCCCUUUGACAGUGUCGAUGGACUCUGGGAUAUCUUCUGCAGGACACCAGCAGAACGCCAACACAGCCGCCUCUUCAAGUCCUCCUCUCACCGCCCAGCCGUCUCCCCUCACCCCCGAGGACCGUCACCGCGAAUUGGACGAGCUGCUCUCGGACAUGAUGCUGACAGUCGAGAGCAUACCGGACCUGAAACCGCUCGACCAAAACUCGGACACGUUCAACCUCGACAAUGUGCGGUUUAUAGACGACGAAGAAGAGACCUCAAAGACCAUCCCUUACCACGCCAGGCAGGACAGCAGGCCCUUCUCCUACGGGGUUAAUUCGGCCACUAUGAUCCACGAAACGCAGCAGAAGUUGUCCAGUCCAAGUUUGGUUAGGAAGGCCAGUUUUGACAAGAGCAACGGUGACACCCUGAAGAAAGUGCAGACGCAAGUGUACCCCUACGAGACCAAGCAGAUACCUAGUUUUCCCUCUACGUCCCCUUCCUCCAAUUACAAGUAUGGUGGUUCGCAGAAAAAUGGCGGUGAUGCCAUUGAUGACAUUUUUACACAAAGUGCCUUGAGUGCAUCUAACAAUCAGAUUAGACGUGAGAUCCGCGAGGAGUACUACAAGGAUGAGAGGAGAAGGUACGAUCCGUUGAAGAGGAGCCUCACCGAGAGCACGAUCAGGAGGAGUCCUGAGAAGAUUUACGCGAAACCAGCUGCUGUAACUAGUCCGUACUCUGAUACGGAAAGUUUGUCGCCUCCAGGUGCUUUUAGGACUAAGUCGCCGGAGUUUCAUGAAAAUUACAGUAUUACCACGAACAACAGCAAUCUCACAUGGCUGCAGAAACAGCAACUGAAGCUGAAGGAAAGGAAAGAACAACAACUCCGAGAAGAACGGUUCCCCCACGAAUCCCGGCUUAUCUCAGAACUCAGGACAAUGCAGUCAAGGCGGCAUCAUCACACAGCCAGUGUCAGGAUGGAUGGUUAUACCAGUGAUACGACAGCAUUCGCCGACGAUGACGACGAUUAUACCGUACCCCUUCACAUCAACACCAGGAACCAUGCCCCCAUACAUAACGGCAAAAUUGAGUUGAUCGAAACCAACAAGAGUUACACUACGAAGCAAGAAAGGCCUUUUGUUGCAGUCAAAAAGAUGUACGAGAGGAACUUAGGAUCUUCACCGCCCACCCGAACAUCGACUAAUUCUUUGGAUUCAAGGCAGCAGCAGCAGCGAGGAGAGAAGACAGACAGCGGGCUUCUCUCCUUGGUCGAACAGAGGAAGCACAUAAGUCAGCAUGCUAACCACCAAAACAGUCAGACUAACGGCGGCAGGGUGGGUAUAGAGUGGGAUUCUAAUCUAGCACCAGAUAGCACGAAUAGCCGCAUAGAUGCACUGAGUACCCUCAUUGAUAAUUUGUGCGCAAAGAUUGACGAGCCAAAUAACACAUCACCAACCACCGCAUGUCAGUAUCGCGAAAGGGAAGAAACUUCAAACACUUGGAAAAUGGAGCCGAUAUACGACUCGACAAAUCCAUCACACAUGAAUGGUUCUUCGCCGACCACAAGGCCUCAAACUCCAGCCUUUCCGGUUCACGUGAAGACGCCGUCUUACUCAAACACUUCCUCAAACUCCACUGUGCAUUUCGACCUGCGCUCCGAACGACUACCUCCAAAAAGUCCUACAACCCAAAGACGUUUGAGUUAUCCAAUGAAUACAGUCCAUAAGAAGUGGUCUAUUUCACCCAACAGAAAGGACCUACAACCCGCUUCACCCUUCGAUGUGACAGAUGGUCCGAUGGCAGAGUACGCCCAACACCAAUCUGUACACAGAAGUGUCUCCGCUACAGGUUACCGAUCGGACACAUCGGACAGUCAUAGUCCCAGGAGUGUUCCAACGACUCCCCACAACGGUUCGACCUCGCCAGUGACCCUAUAUUAUGGAAACUCCCGGAGGAGUUCUAUGAACUCCAACAGCGAACCCCCUGUGGAAGUGGCUCCUGCCAAUGUUAAGUUUGUCAGGGACACCUCCAAGUUCUGGUACAAACCGACCAUAACCCGUGAAGAUGCCAUCAACAUUUUGAGGAAUCAACAGCCAGGGGCAUUCAUCGUUCGAGACUCAAAUUCCUUCCCAGGGGCCUUUGGAAUGGCCUUAAGGGUAGCUACAGUACCGCAAAACAUCCAGAAUAAAUCUUCAGAUAAGAGCGAUGAACUCAUCCGUCAUUACCUUAUUGAACCAACAUCAAGAGGUGUGAGGCUGAAAGGAUGUCCAAAUGAACCUGUUUUCACGUCUUUAUCGGCUCUUGUUUAUCAACACUCAAUAACACAGAUGGCGCUUCCUUGCAAACUGGUACUACCAGAACGAGACCUCACAAAUACUGAAUUCAUUGGGAAUCCACAACAACAGUUGCUCACCCAGGGAGCUGCUUGUAAUGUUCUCUACAUAUUUUCGAUGGACAUGGAAUCAUUGACUGGACCCCAGGCUAUAAGAAAAGCAGUGCUGAGUUUGUUGCAAAAAGCACCUCUACCUGAGGCCAUCAUAGUACACUUCAAGGUGAACGGACAGGGCAUCACCUUAACUGAUAACAAGAGGCAAAUGUUCUUCAGAAAACAUUAUCCCAUCAACACAAUAUCUCAUUGUGGUAUAGACCCAGAUGAGAAACAGUGGACAGUUACUCCUAACUCUUCUGGAAUCAAGAGUGCAAACAGGAUAUUCGGGUUUGUUGCUAGAAAGCCAAACGUGAAAACGCCAGACAAUCAGUGCCAUCUCUUUGCUGAGCUGGAACCGGAACAGCCAGCUUCCGCCAUAGUGAACUUCGUGAACAAGAUAAUGUCAUCAACAGGAAUCAAAGCAAACAUGGUAUGAACUCCUACCAUAAGAGGGCCAAAGGAAGGAAGAUGAAAGGGCGUGUGUUUUAAUUUGAUGACAUUAAUAGCCUGAUAAUAAGGUUUCAGAACACUCUUGUUCCUUUUCAUUCGAAUAACGCUGCUUUUCAUAGAAAUGAGAUAUUCAUCAAGGUCAUAAUAGACUCUUUAUGUUGUGUCAAUGGGAAAUAAAACAAUUUGCUUUUCGAAUUAUUAAGAACUAACUUUCAUUCGACAUAAAUUUAUUUGGACUAGUCUUUCUCUUUUUAUUGAACUUCUUUAUUUUUCUGUAUGUAAGAAUUUAUGGAUCAUUGUAAAUAUUAUUUUUUUAAUUAACCCUAGUGUACCUAUCUUAAUCGAUUAUCAUAUCGUCAGUGAACAGCAUUGAAUGUUGUCAAUGCAUUUUCACUCUUGAUAUUUUGCCGAAAGCUUGUCAGUUUUUUGAUGAGAAAAAUUAAAAUUUGGAGAUAUAUCCGAAUGUUAUGAAUAAUUUCGAAUGAUCAUAUCUAUGUCUACUAACAAUUAUGUUUCUGGUGAUUAUUGAUUCUUCCAAAAAAUUGUAAUCCAUUUUCGAUGUUUCAGUUUGUUAGAGAAAUGUAACUUUUUGACAAAUCUCAUUUACCUUGUGGAAACAUAUACUUAUAAACUAUGGAACAUAUUAUAUCAUUUGAAUUUUAUGUUAUGAUAGAUAGAUAAAUAGUACAAAAAAGAUAGAUAUUUUGAAAAUUCCAUUCAUAUAUUUCGAUUAAAUUAUUUAAAGUUGCAACUUACAGAGAAUAUAUUAUAAUAAUGCUA